CCGCCACUGAGAGCAACUCUAACUGUCGACACAGUCCGGCUGUGGUGGAAGAAAAGGACAAAAGAUGCCAAACAUUUUAGAGAAAAAAUGGAAAACAGCCCUGACCUCCAUCCUUGAGGAGCUGGAUAAGUCAGAAUACAAGAAGAUGCUGUUUUGUUCCUGUUUUGACAAAAUCCCUAAAAGUGUGAAGACUGGCACGUCCAGAGAGAAGAUGCCCCAAAUAAUCAUCCAGCACUUAGGAGUAGAUGAGUCCGUCUCUGCAAUCAAUGAAGCAAUGGAUCUGAUACCGAGGAAGGACUCUGCAGUCCAGGACCUGUUGCGCCCCUUUGUGGACAAACUGAGCAACAAACAUGAAGAAGAGAACAGAGAUUCCAUGAAGGAAAACAGGGAGGAAACAACCAAAAACCAGAGGGUGACGAUGACAACGUUGGCUGAAACCAAAGAUCAAUUGAAGAGCAGCCAACCUGACAAGAGAAAAACCAUCAAAGAUGUACUGGCCAGCGGUGAACUGGGUAACGCAGCCAUAACUGGGAAAGUUGUACAGAAAUCUGCUCUGCGCACAUAUGAAACCCAACAAAAGGAGAAAAAGUUUUUCUUUUAUCUGGGAGUCAGUGAUGAGGAAUCCUGCAUUAAAGUGAUGGUGUACGGAGAAGAUCGCCAUCAAGAUAUCCAGGAGGGGAGCUGCUAUUCGUUCAGAGAUGUAAUCAUGGAAGAAAAUGUCAUGAAAGUUACCAAAUGGAGCAAAGUGGAAAGAACGAGUCCCAUUGACGUCCCUGAGAAGCUGGAGGUGGAAGCUGAGAUGCUCAUUUAUCCCCAGAGGCCAGUUUGCAGCAUAACAAAGGCCAAAGAGUACGCUGACAAGACAGUAGUGAGUGUUGAAGGAACUGUAACAAAGAUUGGUCCCGUCGAAGUCGUCAACAUGAAGAACCAACGGAGGAAGAAAGACAAGCAAGAUUUCCAUCUUAAUGAUGGGAAAGAUUCCAUCAGGAUCACCUUGUGGGGCAAAGACACCAAACAACUCAGAGGAACAUCAGAUGGGGACUUUGUCAGAGUGACCAACGUGAAGACCAGUCACUACUAUGAAACCGUCUCGCUGAACUCAACCGAUUUCACCAGAAUUUUCAAGAUUCAAAGUGCCAUCCAGAAUGUCAAAUUGAGAUUAUAGGAAUCAAAACUGCCACUAAGAUGGAGACUCAGAUGGAAGCAGGCUUCAACGACCAGGCGGAGACUCCACACAGCCAGAUUCAAGAUUCAAAAAAACUUUAUUGUUUUGUUUAUUGUGAAUAUUUCUGUAUGAAGUGAUUUAUUUAUGGCAGAAAUGGAGGGGAUGAAGGGAAUUUAAAGGUGUUCCUCUUUGCAUGUGUAACCUUAUAGCGACAGCCUGAUAGCAGUAGCUGGAAGAAGUGGUGUUGGUGAAGGGGUCCUGUGUGUAAUGAUGGUGGCUUUCCUUGUUUUAUUGACUGGGUGUUUUGCCAGGGGGGUGAAAACACACUGGCACUCAUUUACCAUUGAAAACUUCUGGGAAACAAUUUUUCUUCUGACUUCUGAUCCCCUGAAUUUUCAUCUAAAAGUUGAAAUUCUUAAUUUGUCCAACAAUUUGGUUUCUGACCAAAUACCUGCUUCACAACUAAUGACGUUCCCAUCAGCCUCAGCUGUACUUUAGUACUUUACUCAGCUGUACUUUACUUUUACAGCUGUGAAAUCCCUGUAACUCAAUUGAGAAAAUUUGCCUGACCUCCAUAAAAAACUGUUCUUAAAGAAACCACAGUCCAUCCUGUCAGACUGCUCCCAUCCUUGCAUCCAGAGUCCCAUAUCUUUCCUGUUGGCUCCUUUUCAGACUGCCGCUAGCUGCAACCAACAGAUACAAGUACUUUUUUACCCUCUGCUAUCAGUCUGGUAAAUUCAGUAGGGAACAGGUCAUCUCAAUACCUUUAUGUGAAUUUCAUUUUAAUUGUUUGACUUUUAUACAUGUUUAUUUAUACAUUCUAGGUUUGUUGUUGUCUUUGUUUACUGCUGUGUUUCUUGUGUUGUACCUCUACAGUUGACCUCUGGGGACAAUAAAGCUUUUGAAUCUUGAAUCUUUUUUUUUUUUUACUGCACAAAAUUCAAUUACAAACCUUUAUGGGAUAUUUGAAUAAUACAAAGUGUACAUUUGUCUUGAAACAGUACUUAAGACUAAAAAAAUGACAAAAAUAAAAAACACAUUUAAGUGUGACAUUUCAAAAAGUUAACUAAGAGUGAAGGUCCUGUUCAAGCAGCAUAAACAAGUCUAAUAAUAAAAAAAAUGUUUCAGGGUGUUUCUGUCCGUCAUG